AUGACCGAUUCUUUCGCUUACCAUGCGUCACGCAUUAACUACCGUCACAAAAUGAAGACUAUGUUUAUCUUCUCCACACCGUGUUGUUCUCCUCCAACCGCAUUUUUCGCACCUUUUAGGGCUUCGAAUUCUAAACCUCUUCGUUCUGCUCUUUCUCUUCGCUCUUCAACUUCUUCUUCUUCCUCUUCUUCUACUUCCACUUCUCAUUGCUCACUCGCUUUCAACAUUGUUAAACCUAAAGAGAAAAACGUUGUUUCCGCGAACAUGACCUCUUCCGUUUCUUCUCGCACUUUUCUCAACGCUCAAAAUGAACAAGAUGUUCUUUCUGGAAUUAAGAAAGAAGUAGAAGCGGGAACUUUGCCUGCUAGUAUUGCUGCAGGGAUGGAAGAACUGUACCUUAAUUAUAAAAGUGCAGUUAUUAAAAGUGGAGAUCCCAAAGCAAGUGAAAUUGUAUUGUCAAAUAUGACUGCUUUAUUAGAUCGCAUAUUUUUGGAUGUGAAGGAGCCUUUUGUCUUUGAAGCAUACCACAAAGCAAAGAGAGAGCCUUUUGACUACUACAUGUUUGGUCAAAAUUAUAUUCGCCCCUUAGUUGAUUUCGAAAAUUCUUAUGUUGGUAACAUGCCCCUUUUCAUUCAAAUGGAAGAGCAACUUAAGCAGGGGCACAAUAUUAUCUUGAUGUCAAACCACCAAAGUGAAGCAGAUCCAGCUAUUAUUGCAUUGCUGCUUGAAAUGCGACUUCCACAUAUUGCUGAAAACUUGAUUUAUGUAGCAGGAGAUAGAGUUAUAACUGAUCCUCUAUGCAAGCCCUUCAGUAUUGGCAGGAAUCUGAUCUGUGUUUAUUCGAAAAAGCACAUGCUUGAUAAUCCAGAACUUAUAGAUAUGAAAAGAAAAGCAAAUACAAGAAGUCUGAAGGAAAUGGCUAUGCUUUUAAGGAGUGGAUCACAAAUAAUUUGGAUUGCUCCAAGCGGCGGUAGGGAUCGACCAGUUGCCAAUUCUGGGGAAUUUGCACCAGCACCCUUUGAUUCUUCUUCAGUGGAUAAUAUGCGAAGGCUUGUUGAUCAUUCAGGUCCACCAGGUCAUAUCUAUCCUUUGGCAAUAUUGUGCCAUGACAUAAUGCCUCCUCCACUACAGGUCGAAAAAGAAAUUGGGGAGAAAAGAAUUAUAUCCUAUCAUGGGACUGGCAUAUCAACUGCUCCAGAAAUAAGCUUUUCCAACACCACUGCUGCUUGUGAAAAUCCUGAAAAGGCUAAGGAUGCUUAUACAAAAGCCUUGUAUGAUUCUGUGACCGAACAAUAUGAUGUGCUGAAGUCUGCUAUACACGGUAAAAAAGGAUUACAAGCAUCAACUCCUGUCGUUUCUUUGUCACAGCCAUGGAAGUAG